CGUUGAUGUUCCUUCGUUCUGGUAUAAUUCCUGCAGUAAAAAAAGGCGGGGAAGGAAGGAAGGAAUUGAAGAAAGGAAGUAGUUAGGGUAAAACCGCAAUGGAUGGGGAGUCUAGGGUUUCUGUCAACGCCGAUGAUGCGAAACCCUCCUACUGGAUUGACGCUUGCGAGGACUUUCCCUCCGAUCAUCUGCUUCCCCAAUUCGUCAAUUCCGACUCCCCUCCCACCCCCGCCACUGUUGUCUCCCAGUUCACCCGCGGAAUUGAUCGUAUUCUGGAUGGAAUCACCCAGGACCGCUGCUCCGACCAGUCUCCGGCCGACUGCGAGAAUCAUGGCCCCGCAGUGAAAUUCGUAUCUUCUGAUCCCAAGUUCUGUAAUGGACGACGCCUGCAUCACGGGAGCUCGGUGGUAGAUGAUAAUGGUGGAUGUGGGAAAAGGGCGUGCCACGGUAGAGACGAGAGUGAGGGAAGCAGAACUCUCGGGAGGAAAAGGCGUCGCGAGUUUGGUGAGGUUGACAGGAGAGACAGGGAUCAGAUUAAGAGAAGAGAAGGAAAAGGUUGUUUCGGGAGGCAGAGAGAUUGGAGCGAUGGAAGAGGGUAUUGGGAGCGGGACAGGGAGAGGAAUGAAAUGGUUUUCAGGACGGGUUCAUGGGAGGCUGACCGGAACGGAGAAGGGCCGGCCCCCUCUGGCAGAAGUCUUGAAAGGAAUGGUGGAGGGCAGGGGAUGAAACCUGAGAAACCCAAGGAACCAUCCCCUGAAGAACAGGCCCGCAAAUACCAGUUGGAUGUUCUUGAACAGGCAAAGCAGAGAAAUACCAUUGCCUUUCUUGAAACAGGGGCUGGGAAAACACUCAUCGCCAUCCUUCUUAUGAGGAGUCUUUACUCUGAUUUGAAAAAGAAGAACAAGAAGAUGCUUGCUGUAUUUUUGGUUCCUAAGGUUCCACUGGUUUACCAGCAAGCAGAAGUCAUUCGUCGGCAAACUGGCUAUCAAGUAGGGCAUUACUGUGGUGAGAUGGGCCAAGAUUUUUGGGAUGCUCGACGGUGGCAGCGCGAGUUUGAGUCCAAACAGGUUUUGGUAAUGACAGCUCAAAUUUUGUUGAACAUCUUGAGGCAUAGUAUAAUAAAAAUGGAAUUUAUUAAUCUCCUUGUUCUGGAUGAAUGCCAUCAUGCUGUGAAGAAGCAUCCAUACUCUUUAGUAAUGUCCGAGUUCUAUCACACUACACCAAAGGGGAAAAGACCAUCAGUUUUUGGGAUGACUGCUUCUCCUGUUAACUUAAAGGGUGUUUCUAGCCAAGUGGACUGUGCUAUUAAGAUUCGUAAUCUAGAGAGUAAACUGGAUUCUGUUGUUUGCACUGUAAAAGACCGCAAGGAACUAGAGAAGCAUGUACCAAUGCCAUCCGAAACUGUAGUGGAGUAUGACAAAGCUGCUACUCUAUGGUCUCUUCAUGAUCAAAUUAAACAAAUGGAAGGGGCAGUUGAAUCAGCUGCCCAAUCAAGUUCAAGAAGAAGCAAAUGGCAAUUUAUGGGUGCUCGAGAUGCUGGAGUUAAGGAAGAGUUGCGCCUAGUCUAUGGUGUGUCUGAAAGAACUGAAAGUGACGGUGCUGCUAAUUUAAUUCAAAAGUUGAGAGCUAUAAAUUAUGCACUUGGCGAACUAGGACAAUGGUGUGCCUUUAAGGUUGCUCAUUCUUUUCUAACAGCUUUACAAAGUGAUGAGAGGCCAAACUUCCAACUUGAUGUUAAGUUUCAAGAAUCUCAUCUCAGUAAAGUUGUCUCUCUUUUGCAAUGUAAGCUGAGUGAGGGAGCUGUUGCAGAAACUAAAGGCGUUAUGGAUGUGGAUAUUUGCAAGACUCUAAAAUGUAACAUGCCUGAUGAGAUAGAGGAGGGAGAGCUUCUUGAUAGUCAUGUUAUGUCUGGUGGAGAGCAUGUUGAUGCUAUAAUUGGCGCUGCUGUUGCUGAUGGAAAAGUGACACCAAAGGUUCAAUCGUUAAUCAAGGUUCUUCUCAACUAUCAGCGCACGGACGAUUUCCGCGCAAUUAUAUUUGUUGAACGUGUAGUUGCUGCUUUGGUUCUCCCAAAGGUAUUUGCAGAGCUACCUUCACUAAGUUUUGUAAAGUCAGCGAGCUUGAUUGGCCACAACAAUAGCCAAGAUAUGCGGACGAGCCAAAUGCAUGAAACAAUUGCCAAAUUCCGUGAUGGCCGUGUUAAUUUGUUAGUUGCCACUAGUGUUGCCGAGGAAGGCCUUGAUAUACCACAAUGCAAUGUUGUCAUCCGCUUUGAUCUUGCAAAAACUGUUCUGGCCUAUAUUCAAUCUAGAGGUCGUGCUAGAAAGAAAUGUUCUGAUUAUAUUUUGAUGGUUGAAAGAGGAAAUUUGUCGCAUGAAGCAUUUCUAAGGAAUUCUAGAAACAGUGAAGAGACAGUGCGGAAGGAAGCCAUUGAGAGGACUGACAUUAGCCACCUCAAAGGAACCUCCAAUUUAGUUUCCAAGGAGGCAUUGCCUGAUACGUUUUACCAGGUGGCGUCCACUGGUGCUAUUGUGAGCUUGAACUCUGCAGUUGGACUCAUCCACUUUUACUGCUCCCAAUUACCCACUGACAGGUAUUCCAUACUUCAUCCUGAGUUUAUAAUGGAGCGUCUUGAGAAGCCAGGAGGGCCUUCAGAAUACUUAUGCAGGCUUCAGCUCCCCUGCAAUGCACCAUUUGAUAGACUGGAAGGUCCUAUAUGUAGCUCCACACAUCUUGCACAACAGGCAGUUUGUUUGGCUGCUUGCAAAAAGCUUCAUGAGAUGGGGGCCUUGACUGACAUGCUCUUGCCAGACAAGGGAAGUGGAACAGAACCAGAUAACGUUGAGGACAAUGGUGAAGGAGAUUCUCUUCCAGGAACAGCUAGGCAUAGGGAAUUUUAUCCUGAAGGCGUUGCUAACACACUCCGGGGAGAGUGGAUUUUAUCAGGGAAGGAUCAUUCCAACAGCUCAAAGUUCUUCCAUCUGUGUAUGUAUGCUGUAAAAUGUGUAAAUGUUGGUUCCUCAAAAGAUCCAUUCUUAACUCAAGCAUCAGAGUUUGCUGUGCUGUUUGCCAAUGAGCUGGAUGCAGAGGUAUUAUCGAUGUCUAUUGAUUUAUUUAUUGCUCGUACUGUGAUAACAAAAGCAUCUCUGAUCUUCUUAGGAACAGUAAAAGUUACAGAGGCUCAGCUGUCAUCCCUGAAGAGCUUUCAUGUGAGACUGAUGAGCAUUGUAUUGGAUGUUGAUGUUGAGCCAUCUACCACACCAUGGGAUGUUGCGAAGGCAUAUUUAUUUGUUCCUAUUUCUGGUUGUGAAUCUGUAAAUGGUAUUGAUUGGGAUCUUGUUGAAAAUAUAAGUAAGACAGAUGCAUGGAGAAAUCCACUGCAGAGAGCUCGACCGGAUGUUUAUCUAGGCACUAAUGAGCGAGCACUUGGUGGAGAUAGAAGAGAAUAUGGUUUCGGAAAGCUGCGCAAUGGAUUAGGUUUUGGGGUAAAAUCACAUCCUACUUAUGGCAUUAGAGGUGCUGUGGCACAAUUUGAUGUGGUGAAAGCAUCUGGACUGGUUCCUAGCGGUCCUACCAUUAAAAUGUCCGAUAAUGUGAAUUCGAGAGACAACCUCCUAGUGAUGGUUGAUUGUUGUUCAAGGUCAGAAGACCUUAUUGGAAGGAUUGUCACUGCUGCUCACUCUGGAAAAAGGUUUUAUGUUGAUUCCAUUCGCAGUGAGAUGACAGCUGAGAGUUCAUUUCCAAGGAAAGAAGGGUAUCUUGGUCAUCUGGAGUACGGAACGUAUGCUGAUUACUAUAAGCUAAAAUAUGGAGUCGACUUGUUAUAUAGGCACCAACCUCUACUAAGAUGCCGUGGUGUAUCAUAUUGCAAGAAUCUUCUUUCCCCUCGGUUUGAGCAUUCAGAAGUGCAAGAAAGUGAAUCCGAGGAAACUCUGGAGAAAACAUAUUUUGUUUUCUUACCUCCCGAGUUAUGUUUGGUGCAUCCACUCCCUGGAGCACUGGUUCGCGGGGCCCAAAGACUGCCCUCUGUAAUGAGGAGAAUUGAAAGCAUGCUGCUUGCCGUGCAGCUUAAGCAUAUCAUAAGCUUUCAUGUCCCUGCCUCAAAGAUCUUGGAAGCUUUGACUGCUGCUUCUUGCCAAGAGACAUUCUGUUAUGAAAGAGCAGAGCUUCUCGGGGAUGCUUAUUUGAAAUGGGUUGUUAGUCGGUUUCUUUUUCUCGAGUAUCCUCAAAAACAUGAAGGUCAACUCACAAGAAUGAGGCAGCAAAUGGUCAGUAAUAUGAUGCUAUAUCAAUAUGCAUUGGCCAAGGGACUUCAGUCAUAUAUCCAAGCAGACAGGUUCUCUCCAUCAAGGUGGGCUGCACCUGGUGUUCCACCGGUGUUUGAUGAGGACACGAGUGAAGGGGAAUCAACCUUGUUUGAUGAUGAAAGUGUGGCUGACAAGUCUCAUAAUAGUGAUGAAUAUGGAGAUGAGGAGAUGGAAGAUGGUGAGCUCGAGAAUGAUUCAAGUUCAUAUCGUGUUCUCUCAAGCAAGACACUGGCCGACGUUGUGGAAGCACUUAUUGGCGUGUAUUAUGUUGAAGGUGGAAAGCAUGCAGCAAACCACUUUAUGAAGUGGAUUGGAGUUCAAAUUGAUUUUAAUCCGAGUGACAUAAAGAGGAGAGAGAUUGUGCCAAGUAAAGUUCCUGAGGGCAUACUGAGGAGUAUUGACUUUGAUGGACUUGAGGGCGCUUUAAACAUUAAGUUUAAUGAAAAGGGUUUACUGGUAGAAGCAAUUACACAUGCUUCACGCCCAUCGUCUGGAGUCUCUUGUUACCAACGACUAGAGUUUGUAGGUGAUGCAGUGCUGGACCAUCUAAUUACCAAGCACUUGUUCUUCAGCUACACAGAUCUGCCGCCGGGACGCUUGACUGACCUGCGGGCUGCUGCUGUCAACAAUGAAAACUUUGCACGUGUUGCUGUUAAGCAUAACCUUCAUGUACACCUUCGUCAUGGGUCUAGUGCUCUUGAAAAGCAGAUUCGGAACUUUGUUUUUGAAGUGCAAAAUGAACCGUCAAAAACUGAGAUCAACUCUUUUGGUUUAGGGGAUUGCAAAGCUCCGAAGGUUCUUGGUGACAUUGUUGAAUCUAUUGCAGGGGCUAUUUUUCUCGAUAGUGGCUGUAACACAGCAACCGUAUGGAAGGUGUUUCAGCCAUUGUUGCAUCCAAUGGUUACUCCGGAGACACUUCCAAUGCAUCCAGUUCGAGAACUGCAAGAACGGUGCCAACAUCAAGCAGAAGGCCUUGAGUAUAAAGCGUCCAGAAGUGGAAAUAUAGCAACUGUUGAGGUGUACAUUGACGGUGUCCAGGUUGGAAUAGCUCAAAAUCCUCAAAAGAAAAUGGCUCAAAAAUUGGCCGCCAGGAAUGCCCUUGUUGCAUUGAAGGAGAAGGAGGAGGCAGCUGCUGCUGAAGCUGACAAGGGUGAAGAUGAUGAGGAGAAUAAGAAGAAUAACUCCAGCCAAACGUUUACAAGACAGACCUUGAAUGAUAUGUGUCUGCGUAAAAAUUGGCCACUGCCAUCAUAUANCCCCCCCCCCCCCCCCCCCGUCUCUUCCUUCCCUCCCUACAAUGCACAAAUGCACCCCUGGCAAUGUGUCCAUCAGGGUGGUCCGGCACAUGCAAAGAGGUUCACAUUUGCAGUACGUGUAAAUACUUCUGAUAGAGGGUGGGUAGAUGACUGCAUUGGGGAGCCUAUGCCGAGCGUGAAGAAAGCCAAGGAUUCUGCUGCUGCUGUUCUCCUAGAGCUCUUCAGUAAAUGGUACCAAUCAUGAUCCCUAGGUACGAUACAAAUUAUUACCCGUUCCCUUUAAAUUUUCAUUUCACUCUCUUUGGCAAUCGCUUCUCUAGCUCUUUGCAUCAUAUAAAACCAUCACUAAAGCCGGCCUCUAAUCUCAAUGUGCUGUGCUAUAUGUAUACCACAUUUGUACUACACCAAACUUGUACAUUAACAUGCAAACACGUGUCUUGUCUCGGCGGGCACACAAACUCGAUGUGAAUCCGAGAACCAAAAAAAAUGUAUGUGAUGUUGCGGUACGUGUUGGUGUUCAUAUAGCAUGAGUGAGUCUUUAUACAUGUAUAUAGAAUGGAACCCCAGAUCCUACUUUUGUGGGAUUUUUCUGGGAUUGUUGUUGUAUAUAGGAUGACUUUUUUUUUUACAAGGCUACAUUUGGUUGCUUUGGCUAAAACUGUUGG